AUUCACUCAAAUGACCAACUUAAACAUUCUUAAUUCCCCAGUUUUGAUUUAAUGGCAAAUAUACCCCUUCAUCUAUUGCUAUUACUUCACUUUUCUUUUGCAGUCAGAUGUCAGUUGAUUCGUAAACUGUCGCUUAUCAACUGUUCCUGGCCUUGCCCUGACGAGAGCGACAUGUGCGUGAUAACAAAAGCUGGAGGGAACUGUCAACAACAAACAGAUAACGAUUGGUUACUAACAACGAGGAGGAAAGCGCCUGUCUACACAGGGCCUACAGUAACCAUAUACUUACAGCCUUGUCUGCCAGCUCCGUUUCCAGAACUACCGCCUUUCAAAGAAAAUAUGACUUUAAAGCAAGGACAAUCAGUUAUUGAUUGGCCGUCAGGAACAAUUCAUCGACCGUUGGAUCAAUAUCUUGGAAAUUGUGGGCACGGUUUAUAUUGCUCUUUUACGGGUGUUGAUAGUAAUUCUCCUGUGUGUCGACAACGAUUCGAUCACGGUGCAUUCUGUGUAUCAUCGAAUCAAUGCUUAUCUUCAUACUGCCAUGACAACAUCUGCCAUCCAAAAACAGACAUUAUUUCAAAAGAUAACAGAACUACUGAUACUAUGUCAGAUAAUCAGGAUAGCAGUUAUUCUGCUCCUGAGACGUCUAGAAAAACUGUAAUCAUUUUGGGAUCGAUAUUUGGAGCUGUGGGCGUUCUCGCUUGUGCUGCUAUAUGUUAUUUGUUAUACCGGUGUCAUUAUCGUCAAAAACAAGUAACUACUAAUAAUGAAAUUUCUAUUCCAAUUCAAAAACUUAGUGUAGUUAGUAGCAACAAUAUUGUUUCCCAGUCCACACUCAAAGAAGAACAAUUUGUAACUGAUUUCUUGCAUGAGGACACGCAAUUGCAGCAUAGUGUAUCCAAUAACACAGCUGUUUCAACUAAUACCUUAACAUACUUUACCCCUAAUGGACAUCAACCAAAAAAGCCACCAGUGUAGUAAGCUACAAUGCUUACCACAAUUUAUAAGAACCUAAACCAUCGAUUAUACAUCAAGUAUUUAUUCUUUCAAUAUUUCCAUAACACUAGUCAUUGAUGUUGGCCGUUACUUGCAAAUAAAUGUACAAGACAAUGAUAUAUAUCCUUUGCCACAACAGAUGUGAAAAAGUACAUUCACUUUAAAAGCCAAUAGACCUUAGAAAAUUGUUUCUCAUAUUGCUACAUAUUUCUCGUAAUCAUUGUUUUUGAAGCAGC